AUGCCAUCUGGCUCAACUCCUCUCUCUAAAUCUACUUUUGAUGAGUUUCGUACAAAAGUUGCUGCUCUUGUCACUGAUAAAGGCACUCUGGGUCUUCGAACCUUGCUUUACGAUACCUUUUCAAGUGUUGAACAACUGUCGGAAUGUUUGUCAUUGCCUCAUGAGGAAAAUGUGGCUGGUUUAGUUGAUAUUCAUGCGUUACAGGCCUGGUAUCAUACUGUCAUGGAUCAAUCAGAUACGACAUUUGCUGGUGCUAUCACAACUGUACUCGACCAUCUGAAACAUGGAAUUCAAGUAUUAAAACCUGGCCAAACUAAUAUAUUCUUGAUUAUCAUGGAAAACCCAGUCUUUCUUAAUGCUGAUUCACUUAGUCAGAUUCUCCCAAAACUCUGCUACAUUCUUUCUACACUUUCACAACAUCAGAGAGUGGAAUUCGCUUGGGUCGUGCAAGAGUCUAUUUUGAAAAGUUCUUCAUCCCACGGCGCUCGGGCUCAUUUCUUUCAACAACUCGUGGGGAUCGUACAACAGUUUAUCACGCUAAGGAUUGUGUCAAAUCCCGAUGAAAACAUGCAGCCUUCGUUGGAUGAUGCCACCAUGUGGGCCACACAAACACUCGGAAUCUUUUCGGCAAUCAAUGAUGCAAAUUCUUUUAUACCAUACUACGAGUUUUAUAACGAAUCCAUCGAGGCAUCAAUCGAUUUGAAAGAAGAGUAUCCAAAGUGGAAAUCAUGGGAAGGUCUAUCGUUUUGUAACUACCCAUUCGUUCUCUCCACAUCAACCAAGGGUGAUAUUUUGAAAAUCGAGAGUAUGGUUCAAAUGCGACAUGAACUCCAGGAUGCGUUUUUUAGAGCCAUGUUUAUUGGUGUAAAUAGUCCAUAUUUACAAAUUGAAGUACGUCGCGACCAUGUAAUCAGAGAUGCGUUGUUUCAACUGGAGGGGAAAAGCACUCACGAUCUUAAAAAGCAACUUCGUAUCUCGUUUACUGGAGAAGAGGGCAUUGAUGAAGGAGGUGUUCAAAAAGAAUUCUUUCAGUUGGUUGUACGGGACAUGUUUAGUUCCAGCUAUGGCAUGUUCAAGUAUAAUGAUGAAUCACGAAUGUGUUGGUUGGCAAAUAUGAGCGACCUCCGAGAUAGCGAAACAUUGGAAGAAUACAAUCUUAUGGGACGUAUCAUUGGUCUAGCAAUAUACAAUGGUGUCGUGCUAGAUAUACACUUUCCAUUAGCUUUGUACAAGAAAUUGCUGGAUAUUAGCCCUGAUUUGGAUGAUUUGGCAGAACUGGAUCCUGACUUGUGUCGUGGAUUGAAGCAGCUGUUGGAGUUUGAAGGCGAUAUUGAAGAAGUUUAUGGACGAACAUUUGUAGCAGAGAUUGAAACUUCUGUUGGUGAACGACAAACAUUGGAGUUACACGAGGGUGGAGCAAAUCGACCUGUGACAGCUGAAAACCGACAAGAAUUUGUGGAUCUGUUGGUGGAUUUUCUUAUGAAUAAGAGUAUUUCAUCUGCAUUUCAAGCUUUUCGUGACGGUUUCGACUUGGUUUUAGAAGGAUCUGCACUACAGCUUUUUCGCCCAGAAGAACUCCAAGAGCUAAUUUGUGGUAGUCCUUUGCUUGAUUUUUAUGCGUUGGAAAAGACUACACAGUAUGAUGGCUUUGACAAGGACUCUUUUGUAAUCAAGUCAUUUUGGAAAGUCGUGCACGAGUUUACAGAAGAGCAAAAGAAGCUUUUGCUGUUUUUUGCAACAGGAUCUGAUCGUGUUCCAGUGGGUGGGCUAUCCAAACUCCAGUUCAUCAUUGCCAAAAAUGGUCCAGACUCUGAUCGCGUGCCUACUUCUCAUACAUGCUACAAUGUACUUUUAUUGUGUGAAUAUGCCUCGAUAGAGAAACUCAAGGAUCGGCUAUUGACUGCAUUGGCCAAUAGCAACUGUGGAUUUUUUUUAAAUUAAUCAUGACUAUAGUAGUCUUGUGUUAUGCCUGGAAUGUAAAUGUCAUUUAUAUCUAUGCUAGUUACCCAUACAACCCUUUGAUAUAUUGACAAAUUGUUAUCCAACCAUUCAUUAAUAUUUGAUUGCGUAUGUGGCUUGGGUUUCUCAAGAAAUGUAGAUCUACAAUGAAGAAAAUUUAAUUUCCGUA